CCAGAGGGCCUCCCUUCACGGGCAGUCAUUGAGCCUUUGGGGUCUCUGGCUUAUCUGCAGCACCGCAGUGCAUUCGCCUUUUCCCCAGGCUUCGAGCUGCCCCUCCCGACGCUCUCGCUGGCUCCCCGUCUCGCUGCUUACCCCCUGAAAAAGCGUCUCCUCGGCUGCUGCGAUCCCUCGAAAGACGCCAGCACAGGGGGCCUGGGGGGCCCCUCCGUAGUAGACGCAGCGUGGAGUCAACAGCUGCUUUCGCCUUUCGACGCCUCCGGACUGCUCCCCUCUUUGGUGAACCCCCUAGGAUAUCCGCGGCUGCUGCUAGUUCCUCAGUCAGUGAACCCCACCGUGCGCUUGCUGCAUGUUGGUCUCGAUAUUCCGAAGGGCGAGGCUGCGGCGCUAUGCCACCAGCCGUCUCCCCAUGCUGCAUUGCAACAGCAACAACAAGAGCAAGAGCAACAGAAACAAGAGCAACAGAAACAAGAGCAACAGAAACAAGAGCAACAGCAACAAGCGCAACAGAAACAAGAUCAGCAGAAACAAGAUCAACAGCAACAAAAGCAAGAUCAGCAGGCACUGCCAUGGGCAAUGCUCUUGCCUAGCAACAAAGAAGCAGCUGAUCCAGUUGUUUAUGCAUUGUACUUACGCGAUGGGCAUAGGGAGAUCUCUCCUGCAGCACCGGGGGCCUGCACUGCUUCUGAGAAGGAGGGUGGGCUUCUUCCAGGAGACUUUUCCGUGUCGUAUAGCUUUAGAAGGAACUACGUUUGGCAGCUUCCGUCUGUGGGAACGACGGCGGGAGCGGAGAGGGCAGUGGUGUUGGUAGUACCCCCGGAGGCGGAGGCGAAGGGGGGGGCCCCUGGGGCAGAAGAGGAAUGUGUUUUGCUGCAGCUGGCAGGUCCUAGACGCGUUCUUUUGAAGGCAGGAGCAAGCCAACGCAAGCCGCGAGUCGUAGUCACCGUCGGGGAAGAGGAAAUGCCGCAGAAAGAGGGGCCUUCCAGCCAGACGGGGAACGAGCUCAACCCUGAGGAGGGCAGUUCUGACAGUGAGUAUCGCACGCCAGGGGAGACCGAGGAGGGCCCCCGGGGUUCUGGGGGGCCCCUCUUUGAUUCUGGACGGGAGGAGCGGGAGGACGGGCGUCAAUUGUUCACCGAGGAGGCGGGGGAGGAGGAGGAGGAAGAAGAGGAAGAAGAGCCUGAGGCAACCAGUGGCAGCAGCGGCAGCAGCAGUGGCAGCAGCGAAGAUGAAUCUUCUUCGGGGUCUUCUCAAGGCCAAGAGGACUGA